CUGCCCCGGGAUGGGGGAUGUGCCAAGGGUGGUGACACAAAGAGCGGGACAGAAGAGGAUUGAGCCCAGAACCAGCCUGCCCCGUGGAGCAGCCAGCAGAGAUGGAGGAACAGGAAGGUGCACCCAGGCUGACAGCAGAGGAGCCCGGGGCCACAGCUAAGGAGGCUGAAGCGGUGGCUGGAACUGGAGCCAAGGAGGUGGCUCGGGGUGGGGAUGGACUGGGGGAGAAGGGGAGAGCAGGGAAUUCUGGGAGCAAUGCUAAGGGGGACAUUCAGGCUGGGGGAGUAGGGGAUUGUGAGAGUGAUGCUAAGGGAGGCGGUGAGGCCAGCAAAGCUGGGGAUUCUGGGAGCGAUGCAAAGGGAAGUGGUGAGGCUGGGGGUGCAGGGGAUUCUGGGAGCUAUGCUAAGGGAGGCAGUGAGGCCAGCAGAGCUGGGGAUUCUGGGAGCGAUGCUAAGGGAGGUGGUGAGGCCAGCAGAACAGGGGAUUCUGGGAGCGAUGCUAAGGGAGGCAGUGAGGCCAGCAGAACAGGGGAUUCUGGGAGCGAUGCUAAGGGAGGCAGUGAGGCCAGCAGAGCAGGGGAUUCUGGGAGAGAUGCUAAGGGGGGUGGUGAGGCCGAGGGAGCAGGGGAUUCUGGGAGAGAUGCUAAGGGGGGUGGUGAGGCUGGGGGAGCAGGGGAUUCUGGGAGAGAUGCUAAGGGGGAUGGUGAGGCCGAGGGAGCAGGGGAUUCUGGGAGAGAUGCUAAGGGGGAUGGUGAGGCCGAGGGAGCAGGGGAUUCUGGGGCUGGGGCAGAGGAGAGGGCAGAGGGUGGAAAGAGGACUGGGGCAGAGGAGAGGGAGGCAGUAGGUGGAUCUGGGCUUGAGCCCCAGGAUGGGGCUGGAGGGGCUGAGCCAGAGAUGCAAGAGGCUGAAGCCGAGAGGACCAACGGUGCCGUGGCCAGAGAGGGGCAUGGUGGGAGCACCUCAGAGGAGCCGCUGUCCCCAGAGAUGGGGGGCGAGGAGGAGGAGUGGGAUGAGCCUGCACCCAGCUCCCCCGACGAGGGGCUGGCCAGCCCCACAGGGGACGCUGCCUUUGGGAAGGAGACUGGGGCCUCCCAACCGGGAGGCACCUCCCAAGGCCGAGAAGCCGCUCCUGGUGGCAGCACCAGCACUGAAGGGACAGCCCAGCAGGACAGCGUGCAGAGCCCUGCACCUGAAGGAGUUGCACCUCCCAAGGAGAAGCCAAAGAGACCAGCGCUGGAUCGGAGGGAGCUGACCCGACCCCGCCUGGCACCCAGGGCCCAGUCCCGCAAGGACCUUGUGGAGAAAUUUGGGGGGGCAGCCAGCGGCCCUGCCCCCAACAUCAAGAAGACAGGAGGUGCCAAUACCAUCAAGAACAUGCUGCUGGAGUGGUGUCGUGCCAAGACGCGUGGCUAUGAGCACGUGGACAUCCAGAACUUCUCCUCCAGCUGGAGCAGCGGCUUGGCCUUCUGCGCCCUCGUCCACAAGUUCUUCCCUGAUGCCUUUGACUACACAGCCCUCGACCCGGCCAAUCGCAGGGAGAACUUUGCCCUGGCUUUUGCCACUGCUGAGAAGCAUGCCGACUGCGCCCCACUGCUGGAGGUGGAGGACAUGGUGCGCAUGAGCGUCCCAGACUCCAAGUGCGUCUACACCUACAUCCAGGAGCUGUACCGCAGCCUGGUGGACAAGGGGCUGGUGAAGACCAAGAAGAAAUGAGGUCUGUCUUGGGGCUCUUCCCCAAUGUGGCAGCUCCUCCACUGGUGACUCUCCUCAGCCAUCUCCUGCCUGCCCCCCUCCCCACAGCUCACGUGUGCACGCGAGACCCUGGCAGAUCCAGUAAAGCAGAACUGCUCCAAGCUCA